AUGCGUCGUGGUCCGGGGGCGCUGUGCCUGGGGGGCGCCGUGCUGUGCCUCUGGCUGGUGGCACCGCGCCGCCCGGCCCGGCCCGGCCGCUGCCCCCCGGCCUGCCCCUGCCUCCGCCAGCCGGGCUCCCCCUGGUUCGACGCCCGCUUUGAGCCGGACGCCGAGCUGCUCCUGGCACCGGACACUGCCCUGCCUGCUUCCGUGCUACGCUGGUGGUUGCGCCUGCAGGGCCGGGGAAACAGGACGGAGUUCGAGGACGCCAAGCGCAGGCUGUUCACGGUCAUCCCCGCCCCCAGCCUCCCGGCCGCCAGCCCCACGUGCCACACCUGCGCCGUCGUGGGCAACUCCGGGAACCUGCUGGGCUCCGGACACGGGCCCGCCAUCGACCGGCACCGCUCGGUCUUCAGGAUGAACCAGGCGCCCGUGCAGGGUUUCGAGGGGGACGUGGGGCAGAGGACGACCCUGCUGCUGCUCUACCCCGAGAGCGCCCGGGACCUGCCCCCGGAUGCCCGCUUGCUGCUGCUGCCCCUGAAGACUCAGGACCUCACGUGGGCCGCGGGCGCGCUCACCACGGGAGGGCUCCGACGCACCUACAGGAGGGUCCGGAGCCGAAUCCGUGCGGACAAGGAGAAGGCGCUGGUCCUGAGCCCCGCGUUCCUCAAGUACAUCCACGAUCGCUGGAUGGGGCGGCAGGGACGAUACCCCUCCACCGGCCUUGUGGCCCUGCUCUUCGCCCUGCACACCUGUGACCAGGUGUCGGUGUUCGGGUUCGGGGCCGACCUCCACGGAAACUGGCACCACUACUGGGAGAAGAACCGUCACGCCGGGGCCUUCCGCCGCACCGGCGUGCACAGCGCCGAGGCCGAGGCCGGGCUCCUCCGACGGCUGCGGCGAGAGGGCAAGGUCGCGGUAUUCGCCUGAAGCGGGCGGGGGGCCCGCACCCGGGGGCGCCGGGAUGGCUAGUCCACUGCCCUGUGCCCAGCUGGGUGGGGGGCACCUGCCAGGGAGGCUGCCAAGUUGCGUGUUGUGUGGUGGUGGGGAGGACGGGCGGCCCGUCAAAGGGUCGUGGACGUUUCUCCGCACCUGGGGGUGCUGAGAGCGGGACUGUCAGCCCGGGGUGCUCAAUAAACGCCGUCGUCCUCACCCCCUUCCUCGGCCCGGCCUCGUGUGUUGCGGUCAGUCCGGUUUCGGAGCGCGGGAUCCGCCGCGACUCCUCCCGGUGGGCUCCGGCCGGGCCUUGGGCUGCCGACGUCCCCGGGACGGGGCGCCGGCCGGGGCGGCAGCGCGGACGUCCAGGCCGAAGAAACGGUGUCCAAGCUUCCCGUCGCCACCGGUACGUCCGUGAGGUCGGGGGUCGCCGAUUUUCCCCAGGCCGAAGAGACGGUGUCUAGGCUUCCCGUCGCCGCCGGCACGCCGAUUUUCGCCCUCCUCCAGCGGGGCGGCCCGAGGGCCGUGCUUCGUCCCGCGAAUUCCCUCGGCACCCGGGCCGGGAACAGCCGUGACCGCAGCGACCCACGGGCUCAACUUCCCCUCGGACCGCGACGGCACUGGAGCAGCCGGGGCUGGGGGCCGCCCAUCACGUUUCCCACAG